CGAAAAAUAGAGAUAGAAAUAGAAUAAACAAAUCAAAUAAAUUUUAACGAAAGAACGAAAGUGUAAAAAUACCGAAAGUUAAAACCACCAAGAUGUAAAGUACAUUCUGCACGAUCACUUCAUGGGUAAUCAAACGCACAUCAUCUGUUAAACUGACAGAAGAUGAAAGGAUGUCUGCGACAUGAGCGCAAGCGCAUGUCCGGUGACCUUGCAAUCAAUGCUCCGUGCUGGCCUUGCUCGUGCAGUCUUAAACGGAACCUGUCGGCGUGAACAUGAGGAAUGCACAUGACGAGCAGGCGACGUCGCCGAACGUUAAUUUUCAGCAAGACAUAAAAUAUGUGUUCAAGCCGAGCAGUUGGACUCUCGGCUCGAUCGGCAUCUGGCCAGUCACAUUCCGCGGAAUCGGACAUGUAUCCAAAAUCGCACUCGUUGUAUGUAAUUUUGCGUUAAGCUUCGCGAUAGUGCCGUGCAUCCUACACAUCAUUUAUGACGAAAAGGAUCUUAACAUAAGAUUGAAGCUCUCUGGACUACUGGGCUUCUGUCUCACCGCAAUGAUGAAGUACUGCGUUCUCGCGAUACGUCGGCCUAAAAUAUUACGCUGUAUCGAGCACGUGAAAAGUGAUUGGUGGCAGGUCAAAUUCAACUCCGAUCGCAAAUUGAUGAUGAAGUAUGCUGCCACUGGUCGUAGGCUGUCUAUAAUCAGCACGACUUGCAUGUACAUCGCUGGCUUUAUUUAUCAUACGAUUUUGCCAUUUUGCACCGUACAUAAAGUCGGCAACGAAACCAUCAGACCGCUCGUGUAUCCAACUUAUAGUGAAUUUUAUCAGACCCAGAUCAGCCCGAUAUACGAAAUAGUAUAUCUGGCUCAUUGUAUUUGUGGAUACACUAUGUAUACGGUCACGGCUGGCUCGUGUGGAUUAGCUGCGAUAUUCGCUACUCAUGCAUGUGGCCAAAUUGAUGUCAUUGCAUCUCGACUUGAGGAUCUUUCGCGCGGCAAAAACUUUGGACAAUCAUUAAACGUUAAUCAACGAAUCGCUGUCAUCGUGAAUGGUCAUGUUCGAAUAUUGAGAUUCUGCGCUGCUGUAGAAGAAAUCCUACAAGAAGUAUGUUUACUGGAAUUUGCCAGUUCUAUAUUCACAAUGUGUUUACCCGAAUAUUAUUGCAUAGUGGAUUGGCAAGAUAGUGAUACAGUUGGACUGACAACUUAUUUUCUGCUCUUUGUUUCAUUCUGCUUCAAUAUGUAUAUAUUAUGUUACAUUGGCGAGCUACUUAUGGCGAAGAGUACUCAGAUCGGUACGACGUGUUUUAUGAUCGAUUGGUACCAACUGCCGGCAAAUCCAGUUCGUAGUUUAGUGUUGGUAAUCGCUAUGUCAAACCAUCCCAUAAAAAUUAGUGCUGGCAGAAUGAUAGAUUUAUCGCUGGCAACUUUUGGAAAUGUACUCAAAACAAGUCUGGCGUAUCUAAGUUUCCUUCGAACGUUAGUAAUGUGAUUAUUAUUGAAAUG